UUUCAUGGAAGAGACCCUGCUGGUUCUGUUGCUGUUUCUGGAACUAAACGUGCUGCGGACUCUGCUCCUAAUGAAGGAGGAUCCCCCACUGCUCUCAAUCAGGUUGUGGGAUGGCCACCCAUUAGGACAUACAGGAUGAACAGCUUGGUCAACCAAGCCAAGACAGCCAGGGCUGAGGAGGAGGAUGUUGUCUGUGAGGAGAAGAAAGAUCAAUCAAAGGACAGUGUGAAGAACAAAACAUGUUGUGAUGUUGAAGGAAAAGGGAACCUAGGAUUUGUCAAAGUUAAUGUGGAUGGGGUUGUAAUAGGGAGGAAGGUGGAUCUCAAUGCCCACUCUUGUUAUGAGACCUUGGCCCUGAUGUUGGAGGACAUGUUUUUCAGGUCUGCUGGAACUCCCAUUCCCAAUGGGCAAGGUGGAGACAAAGAACAAGCAAGAAAACUGUCUAAGCUUUUGGAUGGAUCGUCUGAGUUUGUGCUCACAUAUGAAGAUAGAGAGGGAGAUUGGAUGCUGGUUGGAGAUGUCCCUUGGGGGAUGUUCCUAAGCUCGGUUCGAAGACUUCGCAUAAUGAGAACAUCCGAAGCCAAUGGACUAGCUCCAAGAUCUCAAGACAAGAAACUGAAACAAAGGAGCAAGCCCAUCUGAAAUCGAAUCGCAACUGUCUGUCUCGAAUACAUCCUAGAUCUACCCGAACGAGAAAAAAUGCACAGUUUGACUACAGAACAGACAUAGGGAAGAGAAUGAAAAACAGAUUGCUGUCGAAAGAUUUACAGUUACUUCUACUCUCCUUUUUUUGUUGUUGGCUUUUUUUGGUCUUUUGGGAUUCUGAAGUGUUUCAAUGCUGGUUCUUGCUGGCCUUCUGUUUUAUUUUUUUGGGUUUUAUAGGCCAUAUGAUUUUAGCCCUUAAAAUCUCUUUAUAUUAUAGAGUGGUUACCUUUACCAUACAAAAAGUGUACACUUUUGGUGGAUGCUUUCUCAUACUGUACAUAAGGGAAACACUUUGAUUGAUAUCUGUGGAGUUGAGUUUGUUGCAAUCUGAGAA